AUGAAUAAAUGCAUCUAAUGGAUUAAACAUUUUUUGAGUAAGUGCUUAUCUAUUCUUCAAUAUACAAAGAUUAAAAGCAUAGAUUAGAACUAUCAAAUGUAAUAAUUUAGUUAAGUUGAAUUAAAUACAGAUCAGGAGAUUUAAAAUAAUUUGAAAGUAGAAUUAAGGACAGAGAGUAAAAGAAAAUUUUAUUAUAGAUUAUGAAACUUAAUUAGCUUAUUAAGACUUAGAAACUUAAGUCCAGUCAUAAAAUUAAAAGUUAUUAGAAAAAUCCGAAGAUAUUGAUGUCAAGCAUAAUUAAAUUAAUAUAAGUCAAGCAAGAGAGUUUAUUUAAGAUAUUCCUAAUAUAGAAAUUUAAAAUACUCAAAGACUAACAGAGAUUGGACUUUAAGCUAUCGAAUUAUUUAAAACAUAACUUGAUGAAUAUGAGAAUUAUGAAUUACUUGAAAAUAAUCUAGAUGAAUUUAUUUUCUAAAUAAAAUACUAUGAAACAUCUGAAAAGUUCUAAAUUACUUAAAUGAAAUAUAAGUUCUCCCUUAAUACAACAAUUUAAAAUUAUCUUGCAUUUAUGAAAGAUUUACAAUUAUAAAAAUAACUAGACACAUCAGUGGAUUAAUUUGAAUCUCAUUAUUCAGAUGAAAGAUUACAGAUCAAUUAUUUAAGAUAUAAAAAAAUACUUUUUAUGGAUCCAAGAGAUUUUCUCUAUAUUAAAUACACUAAAUUUAUUAAUAAAGAUUCUGUAAUUGAAGUUAGUAAAUCAUUUGAAGAUCAAAAUUUUUAACCAUAGUAUCUUUAUAUUUUAAUAUAGUGUUCCAACUAUUAAAUCUACAACUCGUGCUACACUUUUAUUGAGUGGAAAUUUAAUUACAUAAGUGGAACCAAACAAAAUAGAAAUUUAGACAUAUUCUGAAUGUAAUAUGAAAUUAAAAUUGAAACCAUCCAUGACUAAAUCAGCUAGUAAAAAUGAAAUAAAAAAAUUGAUAAAGAAAUAUCGUGAUCAUUUUAAUUCAAUUUAAUGA